AUGUUUUCCAGAAAUUGGAGACCUUGCGAACUAGAUUUUAGCAAAGAGCGCCUCUGGCAGCUUUCACUUCUGAAGAAAAAGUGCAAGGAAGUUGACGUGGAAAAGGAAUAUAUUUUGUACGAGAAACGCAUUCGGUCCUACUCUCUCUUCUGGUUCCUCGUGCUGCACUGGGUUGUGACUCUAGUGAACUGCAGUUUGUUGUUGACGACGUGCCAGCACCCCCAUCUCAUCUAUAUCGAUGUCGUCUUGUAUUUUAUAGUUUGCAUGUUUAUUACAUUAGUGUUGAGUAUUAACUUUAUGGAAGAUUUCAUGGAGAACCGUGGUUGGGUCGUAUACGUAACCUCGGUAACUAGCACGAUGACAUUAGUCGCAGUGGAUCUAACACUUCAUGUCUAUCAUUACUAUAAACACGAUUGGACUAUCACAUCCACCUAUGACACCUACAUUCUCUAUAUGAUAUAUCUGUUUCUACCAAUUUCAAAUUUAUUGUGGCCGACCUUACUUGCAGUCACAGCAUCGGUAAUAUACAUCUGUUAUUUUUUUGUCGAGCUAUCUAGAGAGGACAGUCAGAAAGUGACAAAUUUCGACCAAUUCAAUAACGUAGUCAUCAAUUUAAUUCACUACAUUAGCUUCAAUCUGCUCGGUAUAUUUUUUCGCUUAAUGUCCGACAUUACAAUACGAUCCUCGUUCCUUGAUCGACAUCAGUAUGUAAUGGAGGACAUUUUACUGAUGGGCGCACGAAAACAGGAGAAGUUGCUGCUCCACAGCAUUCUUCCGCCCCAAAUAGCACAGCCCUUCCAGGACGACAUUCGCAGUCGAAUUGCGAUAUCUGGCAAGCGUCGUGGAGUGCGCGCUCGUCAAGCAAAGGAGCAUAUUAUGGCCAUCCAGAUGCAUCCCGAUGUGACCAUACUAUAUGCGGACGUGGUCAACUACACUCAUUUGACCACAACGCUUUCAGUCAAGGAUCUGGUGACCAUCCUUCAUGAUCUGUACGCCAGUUUCGAUUAUGCCGCCUCUCACUUUAGGACGCAGCGUAUUAAAUUCUUGGGAGACUGUUACUAUUGUGUGGCAGGCUUAUUAGUAGUUGAUCCUGAUCACGCCAAAUGCUGCAUCAAUUUGGGACACAGUAUGAUCUCUCACAUUCGCGAAAUACGACAAUCACGUAACUUAAACAUCGAUAUGCGCAUUGGAAUUCACUCGGGAAGUGUACUUGCUGGAGUUAUUGGCUCAGCAAAGUUGCAGUAUGAUAUUUGGGGUGAAGAUGUCGUGAUUGCGAAUAAACUUGAGUCGACAGGGCUGCCAGGCCAUUUACAUAUCAGCGAAAGAACACUAUCGAUGCUGUCGGGCCAUCCCUACGAAAUUCUUCCGGGUACCCAAGCGGCCCGAGAGGACCCUCUCCUCAUAAGGAGCAACAUUCAGACUUAUCUCAUUGCAUCAAUGGAAUCGAACGUCGCCAUUUCCCGUCGAGAGAUGGCAACUACUUUUCAUAUAGUCAAAUCGAAUGAGAGUGAUAAAAAUCGGAAAGAUUAUAUUAAACAAGAAUUACACAAGGAGUUCGAGCAGAUGCCGAUCGGCGUUUUCUAUGAUAAGAACCUCUUUGGUGACGGAGUCAAGAAGUCUUCGGCAAGUCAUCAUGCUCGCCCAUUAAUUGGCGUUUGUUUUCUGAACUUUGGCGAUCCUCGGCUCGAGUAUAACUUUAUACGCAAAACAGAUUACAUGCUGAAGUACAGUGUUCUACUGGCAUGGUGGGUUUACAUAAGUCUUCUUUACGUACAAGCGGUCGAUCAUCAUCGGCUGCGCUAUGUUAACUAUUCCCUGGACAUAUUUUGUUUUACCUUCCAAAGCUUGAUUCUCUUCAUAGUCUGGUACAAACAGCUCUGCCAUUGGCGUUAUCGUUCACGACAUCAUGAGUACUCAUAUUUCAGCUGUUGCGUGUUCUUCAUUGCCGAUGAAAUUCAGCGCAACCUCGUCUUGCGAAUCUGUAUUUACAUGGUCUGCAUAGUGAUGUACUACAUCAUUAUAAUACUCUUGCUGAUGGACUGCGAUCCAUCUGAAUACGUGGUGCUUCAUACUGAGAGAAAACUGUAUUCUUAUGAGAUGUCGCACGAAAUAUGUUUUCAUCCUUGGGUUCUCACCAAUAUGAUCUGCCUCAUAAUGGGCGUGACUGUGAUAUUCACAGGCAUUCCUUUGAUGGCGAAGAUGGUGGUCGGCUUGAUGGAAACUACUUUUUAUUUGGUAGUCAUAUUCUUUGAGUAUGACUACUUAAUUCACAAUAGCAUAACAACCAAUCCCACCUUUUCACCGGAGAAUGCACACGCCCUGUUUGUGGUAGUCACAUUCAUAAUCUAUUUAUACAUGGAGCGACAGGUUGAGUUCAAUAACAAAAUCAACUUCAACUGGAGAGUAGAGCUGUUGAAAAAGCAGGAGGACGCUGUCAUAACCAAUAAAACAAUAUCUAUUCUACUGCAUAAUAUUCUACCUACACAUGUUGUCAAUGUGUACCUAACCUUGUUGGAAAGACACGAGCUCUACUAUGAGAGCUACGAAAUGGUCGCUGUCAUGUUUGCUUCCCUCAAGAAGUUUCAAAUGGACAUGUCCACGCUGCGUGUUUUAAACGAGAUCAUAUCUGAGUUUGAUGCAGUCUUGUCCCAAUAUAAGAACGAAUUCUUGGUGGAUAAGAUCAAAAUAGUCGGUUGUACGUAUAUGGCGGCUUGUGGAUUGAAUGUACAUUUCUCUAAUUACGCCAGUGACAAAAAAUCCACUUCCAGUUCUCUUAGGAGGGAAGUUACUCGGGCUCGACAGUUUUUGGCGAAGGAUAGAAAUGGGUCAAGCAUCAAGAAUGAGGAAAUUGUUUUCAUUCUAACCUCGUUUGCACUUGAUCUUAUGCGAACACUUUGGGUGUGCAACGAUGUAUACAGGAACAUUCCCUUGGAUAAAGAAAUUAGCGGUGGAGACAUGAGUAUUGGCAUCUCCAGUGGAGAGGUUAUGGCCGGAGUGGUGGGUGCUUCCCAAGUGCACUAUGAUAUUUGGGGAAAUGCUGUGAACAUGGCCUCACGAAUGGAUUCAACUGGGGUCACGGGACGCAUACAAGUCACCGAGGAAUCUGCCAUGAUUCUAAAAAGAUGUGGCAUAGAAUGUGAUUACCGAGGCAUGACAUUUGUUAAGGGCCGCGGUGUACUGCCAACAUAUUUCGUUGGAAUUGAUGAAAAUCUUGACUUUAGGUACAUUCCGGAAUAGUAUUGUACAUCAGGAAUAUUAUAAACUAAGCAGAUACAUUUCAUUAUGUAUUUCGAUACUUAUGUUAUAAAGUAUUUGUCGUACACUUUAUUUACAACAUAUUUAUAUUAUAGCGCUCGGCUAAUUCCAAAUACAUUAU